GUGGCGGGCGGCAGACGCGGUCCGAGUGGCUCAGCGAGUGCCCAGUUGGCCACCUCGGCGGCCGCAGCUCCUCGUUCACCUGUCAGCAGCGGGCAGCCGACGCCGCGAUUGUUUGGUCGCCGCCACGGUGCGUCAUGGGCACCGGCGCCAGCCGAGGCGAGGGUGGCGGCGGCGGCGUGUCCAGCGGCGGCGAUCUGCGCCUGCCUGGAGUCCAGCUGCGCUUUUCCAGACCACAGCUGCGCGCCGCCGGGUGCCUACUGGAGGACAUGCGUCGCCAGGACCCCGCGCACGGGGAGAGGCUGUCCUCCGGGGUGACGGUGCUGGUGGAGCGGCUGGUGCAGCGGCUGGUGGCGGGCGCCGGCAGUCUGGACCCGCGGUUCGCCGCUCGCUUCCUCGCCACCUUCGACACGGCCACGCAGCGAGCUCAGGGCGCGGGCCGCGGCCGCUGCGAGUACCUGGUGCGCCUGGACGCGCUGUCGUGGCCGCCGCCGUACCCGCCGGGCGAAGAGGAGGAGGGGGAGGGGGAGGGAGGGGCGGAGGGGGAGGCGCAGGCGACGCCGCCGUGCCGGCCGGAGGCGGGCGCCGCGACGCCCGCGGGCUUCGUGCGGCUGCGGCUGCAGGGCUCCGCGCGGCGCCGCUGGGCCGACCUCGCCAGCGCCGACGGCUUCCUGAGGAGGGACCGCGUGCAGGAGCGCUUCGUGGGGUUGCUGGCGCGCGCCGCCGCCAGGGGUCCGGAGCCGUCGCGGCCCGCCGCCGUCGACGAGUCGCGCCUCUGCGGCUGCCCCGGCAAGCUGGUGGAUGUGGGCGCGCUGCACACCCUGGUCCACACGCCGCCCCGCCAGCAGCUGUACUACGGCGCAGAGGACUGCAGUCAGAGCCGUUUCCCGGAGCCACGUGACUUCCGGAUCGCUAUCGUGGAGGGCGCGCCGGAGGUGCGGCUGCGCGUCGGCCUGGAGCAGCUGGGCCACGGCGCAUGCGCGGCCGACGUGGAGGUGCGGCUGCUGCUCGCCGUGGGAUUCCCCGGCUGGCCGGCCACGGCGGCGGCCGACGGCCGGGACUUCCCCCAUCGGGUCUCGCUGGCCCACCCCGACUGCUUGGUCUACCUGGAGGCGGCCACCACGGGCUUCUAUGCGGUGCCAGGCCCGCCGCAUCCAUCACUACGCUGCGAGGAGCGUUCCACCGUGUGGCAGCUGCGGGUGCCAGCUGCGGAGCUGUCGCUCAGCUGCCACUACGCCCCACGCAGUGCCCCUGGCCGCGCCCUCGCAGCUGCAGAGGCCGUGCUGCGACACCUCAGGGCCAGGCUGCCGCACAUGUCGCUGCGCGUGGCCAGCCGGCCCAUGCUGCGCUGCCUGCUGCUGCGGCUGCUGGAGGCGGACGCCGGCGACUGGCCGCUGGGCGAGUGGCCGCGCGCGGCGCUGCGCCUGCUGGACGCGCUGGCCGGUGCGCUGGCGUCGCGGCGCCUGCCCUGCUUCUUCCUGCCCGGCCUGGACCUGCUGCUGCACGCGCCCUGGGCGGGGGGCGGCGCCGCCGCGGCCGCUCUGUGCGAGGAGGACUGGCAGCAGGACGCCGACGUGCUGCGCGCCUUCCUGCACCAGCUGCACGCCGAGGCGCGGCUGGCGGCUGCAGCGGACGACGACGCCGACGGCGACUGCUCGUGGGAGGAGCGCGUGGAGGCGGUGCUGGCGCGCGGCUGGUGCUGGGUGCAGCGCUCCCUGGGUCCGCCGCCGCCCCGGCGCCGCCACGCCGCCGACCACUACUCGGCGCGCCAGCUGGACUACAUCGCGCUGCUGCUCAGGCACCUGCUGCGGGCCCACCAGCUGCUCGUACACGCGGACGGCCGGCUGCCCGGAGAGCAGCGAGACUGCGGGGGGCAGGAGAGCGUGGCGGCGGGUGCCUGCGACCCGCGCGAGGAGCUGUCCUUCCUGGUGUGCACGGUGGCGCGGCAGGCGCGCAGGCUGGCCGGCGGCGCAGCGGACGAGGCGAGUCUGGGGGCGCUGGCGGAGCAAGUGCGCCGUCGCGACGCCGCGGGCGACCUGCGCGACGACGCCGUCAUGGUGCGCGAGGUGCUGCGCUGGCUGCACCGGGCACAGCCAGAGUCCUCACUGCGCCCCUACCUGCAGCGGCUCUUCCUCACCUCCAGCCGCAAUGCCUGGCUGCUGCCGCAGUGGCGCCGCCGGUGUGCUGAGCUGGAACGACGCUCGCUGCGCACCUUCUGUACACAGGUGUGCACGGAGCCGGCAGCGGACACAGGGGCGGUGCUGCGUCUGGAGGCGAGCCGGGGGCGGCGGUGGGCGGCCGAGGCGGCGGGGGCGGCGCGCGCGCUCUCCGCCGGCGUCACGGCGGGGCUUCCCCUGGUACUGGCGCCGGCGCCCGGCCGCGUUCUGCGCCUGCGCGUCGCGCUGCCGCCCUGCGCGGUCGACGUCGCCACCGUGGGCCGGACCGGACGCGCCGCAUCCGCCGCCACUGCCUCCACAGCAGGAGAGCAGGGCUACGAGGAGGUGUGGCGCCUUCUGCAGCCGGGGGCCGGGCCGGUGGAGGCGGCGUGGUGGACGGCGGGGGCGAUGGGUGCAGCAGGGGCGGCGCCGCUGCACUGCCGGCUGCGCGAUGCCAGCGCCUUCUCGCGGCUGGAGGAGCGGCGCCGGCGCUACGGAUUCCAGCGCGGCCUGGGGGACCUGCUGCCCGCCCUGCUCGACCUGCGCAAGUUCUCGGUGGUGCAGGAGGCGUGCCUGGAGCUGCCGCCGGCGGCCCGCCGCGCCGCGCUGGAGGCGGUGCGCCGCGCGUCGCGCGAGGCCUCCAGGGCGGCGGCCCCCCGCUCGCGCACGCUGCCGCCCCCCGCCUCCGCCCCCCGCUACCGCUGCACGCUGCACCCGGGCGUCCACGAUGACGACGGCGUCGACGAGCAGCUGCGCCGCCAGCGGCAGCGGUACGCGCGGAGUCUCACAGGGCCGGACACGCUGCUGGGCACGUGCAGAGCUGCAAGGCGCCGCCCCCGGCCGGACCUACUGCCCGACGCCGCCCCCGCCGCCCCCGCGACGCUGGCGGUGGGCCCGCUGCUGCACCAGACGCCAGACCGCCGCCUCGAGCUAAGGCCGCGCCACCUGGCCGGCGGCCGCGCCAAGCUGACCAGCCUCUGACGUCACGCACAGACGUGGUGCUCGCCCCCACCUGCCACUCAUUGCCCUGCUGUACACUGACCGUUACACAACGCCAAAGGUUUAAACUUGUAACGAAUAAAUUGCACUGUUAUCCCA